CCGCCCGUGCCCCAGGCAGGAGGGAGUUGAGAUGAAAAUCUGAUACGAAAGCUCUAACGUCUGCUCCUCUCUUCCCAUCGCUCCAAGUUCCCAGCAUUAACUCCAGCACUGAGUACGAGAGAAUCAAAGUGAGGUGCAGGAAUUUCUCUCUGCAGGGAAAGCGGAGCGGUGGAAGCAGCAGUUUUUGCUCUUUCUUCAAUUCGACCUUAGAGAUUUUGAUGUCCACGUGUGGAGAUGGGAGUGCGGCGUUAUCACUGGAGAACGCGACUCGCUCUUUCAACUCCAUCCUGAACAGCACCUCCCUUUGGGAUGGCGGAGACAAGGGGGACGUGGGGUCAUGCGUGACAGUCCUGCUGCAGAGCGUGGAACUUGCCUCACUGGCCACUGCGCUCCGGUCUCCAGAGAGGACAACACAGAACGUGACGACAGAGUCUCUGGCUGUCCAGACGCGGCUCGUCACAGGGAACUGCAGCCGGGACAGCGAGGUCUUCACGCUGAGAGCUCACGAGGAGACGAUGGUCGUGCACUGUGAUACAGUCACCGGGGCAGCCACACGAGCAGGUUUGGGGGCUGCUGUUUUUAUUUCCUACUCUAGCCUGGACUCCAUCAUCAAUGCAAGUCUCAGCGAGGGAAAUCUACGGGCUGGAGGGAAGCUGGAGAAGAGUCAUCUCAACUCCAGGGUGGUGAGUGGGGCCAUCGGAGACGGGAGACCCAUUAACCUCUCCAGACCCGCAAACUUCACCCUGCGCCACAGAAAGGCCAAAAAAGAGAAGGACGAGGCUCUCUGCGUCUACUGGAAAGUAGUGGCCGAGAGCGGCAGCUGGUCUCCGGACGGCUGCACCACCGUGCACAUAAACAGCACUCACACCAACUGCAGCUGUGACCAUCUCUCCAGCUUCGCCAUCCUAAUGGCUCCCACCACAGUGACGGAGAGUUACCCACUGACCAUCAUCACCUACAUGGGACUGUCCCUCUCCCUGCUGUGCCUCUUCCUCGCCAUCCUCACCUUCCUCCUGUGCCGCUCCAUCCGCAACGUCAGCACCUCCCUCCACCUGCAGCUCUGCCUCUGCCUCUUCCUGGCCGACCUGCUCUUCCUCACCACGGUGACUCCCACCGGCAGUCCGGUGCCGUGUGCUGUCAUUGCUGGCCUCCUACACUACCUCUUCCUGGCCUGCUUCAGCUGGAUGUUGCUGGAGGGGCUGCACCUCUUCCUCACCGUCAGGAACCUGAAGGUCGUGAAUUACAUCAGCGCCAGCCGGUUCAAGAAGAGAUUCAUGUACCCGUUCGGCUACGGAUUCCCAGCCCUGGUGGUGGCUAUUUCUGCAGCGGUGAAUCCUGACGGCUACGGAACGUCCAAACACUGCUGGCUCAGCCUGGAGAGAGGCUUUCGUUGGAGCUUCCUGGGUCCAGUCUGUGCCAUAAUCCUGAUAAAUAUAACGUUCUUUGCCCUGACCCUGUGGAUCCUGAGAAACAGACUCUCCUCCCUCAAUGCAGAUGUGUCCACCCUCAGAGACCACAGGUUACUGACCUUUAAAGCCAUCGCCCAGCUCUUCAUUCUGGGCUGCACAUGGAGCCUUGGUCUCCUCCAAGUCGGCCCAGCAGCCAUGGUCAUGGCGUAUUUAUUCACCAUCAUCAACAGUCUGCAGGGAGCCUUCAUCUUCCUGGUGCACUGUCUCCUCAAUCGCCAGGUGAGAGAGGAGUACAGGAGAUGGAUCAAGGGAUUCCGAAUGUUCAGCACGAAAUCUCAGACAUCCGAUCUAUCCAUGUCUGCUGUCCCCACCACCAGCACCAAGACGGUGAGCGGGAGCUCCGAGGUCCCCUGCUCCCCACGGCAGCUGAGCAGUUGUGGGGGGUCCCACCGCCUGCAGCAGCAGGGAGCUCCGGUUCCCUGCCACCUGCGGCAAGUGGGAGGUCGAGGGUCCUCCACUGCCCAACGGGGGAUGGGCUGCUGCAGAACCUUCUCAUCUCCCACAGUGGCUGAGAGCUCCAGGGGUCCCCCCUCUUCUCACCGUGGCUGAGCAACUGCAGGGGGUCCCCCACUACCAGCCGCAGGGCAGCCGGGGAUGCUUGGUGGUGGAGACGGCCUUCCCCGUCCACGCCGCCGAGCCACAUGCAACCCCCUUCCACGGCGUCAAGAUGAUCAGCAUUGCGGCCGAGCCCCUUGGGGAGGAGACGGGCCCGGGCAGUGGGGCCCGGGCAGUGAGGCCUCACCAGGUAGGGCCCAGCGCAGGCAUCGGGGGAGGUGCCCCGUGGCCUUCCUCCCCCAUCAGGCUAGGAAACUUCCUGGCCCCUGGUCAGUUCUAGGGUGGGGAUUAUUGGGGGGCAGAGCUAAUUGAAGGGGAAAGACCUCAUGUCCGUGCCCUCUGGGACAUAAUCGUAGCCUUAGCCAUGAGCAAACUCCUACCCCAGAACAUACUGAGCAGUGUCUUUCCUGGGUGUGGGAACCUUGUUAGAACCACCCCCAGCAGCUGGAAUAUUCCACAGAAAAAUCAGGCGUAACCCCAUUGAAUUCAGUAGAGUUACUCCUGCCCUGCACCCGGGUAAAUGAGAGUAGUAGCUGACCCACCUCAGCACCACACUGGUGUCCCGCAGCUCUGACUCAUCUCCCAAAGCCCUGGGAAGUGGCCAGUCUCCAAUCUUAAGGGUGGAUUCUCAGGGGAAGGAAUAACCGAAGUCCUGGUCAGGAACCCAGAGGGAGAUCGUCCCUAAGACAUUACAAGGGCUUGUGGCUGAGGAGAUACCAAGACUCUUUCAUCUCCAGAGCAGCAGGUGACCCCUUGUUGAGGAGAGGGGCCAGACCAGCCUGUGUUGGACCUGCACCCUAAGACUACCUACCUCUUCUGUAGCUCAUUUCCUCAGAGGGUCUCAAUGUCCUUUACAAAGGAGGCUAUUGUCAGGAUCCCCAUGUUACAUAAAGUUCCUGGGAAGGAAGUGGGGCGAUAGACGGAACGCAUAUCCCUAUCUUGGCACCAGACCACCUUGCCAAAGAGAACAUAAACCGAAAGGGAUACUUCUCAAUGGUGUUGCAAGUGCUGAUGGAUCACAAGGGCUGUUUCAGCAACAUCAAUGUGGAAUGGUCAGGAAAUGUACAUGACGCCUGCAUCUUUAGGAACUCCAGUCUCUUCAGAAAGCUGCAAGAAGGAAUUUUCUUUCCAGCCUGCAAAAUAACUGUUGUUGACGUUGAAAUGCCAAUCGUUGUCCUUGGAGACCCAGCCUACCCCUUGCUCCCAUGGCUCAUGAAGCCGUACACAGGCAGCCUGGACAGCAGUAAGGAGCAGUUCAACCAUAGGCUGAGCAAGUGCAGAAUGGUGGUGGAAUGUGUCU